AAAUCAGAACCAGGAACAUUUACUUGCCAAGUACGUUGGACAUACAAAGACAUUUCAUGGUGGGCGGAAUGUUCUCUUUGACAGGAUAAUUAUGAUGUGUGGAAAAUGCAAAUGUAUACCUCAGUAGAUUUACAAGAAUUCUCCAAAAAAAACGUGUGUUAAAUUCUUUCGGGACAAACACAGUCCUUAUUUUAAAAAGAAGAAGUUCAAAGAAUGUAAUAAAAGAACAGCUGUGUCGUAAACGUGCAAAGAUAAACAAACACGUAGUUAUCUUGUAAUGUAGGAAUGCAGUUCAGUCACCGAUGGUUGUCAUUAUUUGUUCCAUUGUAGAAAUCUCCAGUCAAACUCCUCAGGUGGUUUGAUUUAGACUGUAAACAGCGCAAAAUGACCCCCUAUGUCAAUGAAUACAAAAUUGUGUACUAGAACAAUUCUUUAUUAUUUUCUCACCGCACCUUCGAUUUACGGUAUAUUGUAGCCUACGAUAAGGAAACUGUCAAGUAUAGUUAAAACGUGUGUCCCCGGCACCAGCUGCCACAGUAAAAGGACACUUGUAUUGGUGGUUCAUGCAUGAGUAUUAACAAUUUAAAAACAACAUUAAUGAUACUAUAAAAGUCACACCUGCUGAAUGAGUCAUUUCACUUAAUUUAGCUGAUGGCAUUUUUUGUACUUUUACCUGCGGAGGAUUCUGAAUGCAGAAGUUUUACUAUUAGUGGAGCAUUUCAAUAUUGUUCAAACUAUUAUAGAGAAACAAACAGAUGAGACGACAUCAUGGCGGCGACAGCAGGGUGAGGGCACAAAGCCGACCCUGUAUUCAAAGAGAAAACUCAUAAAAAGUGUUAUUGUGUUAUCACACUCUAAACUAAAUUCCAACCAAAGCCUUUAAAUAAAGGAAUUACAGCCUUAUAUUUUGCAGGGACCCUCCCAACACUGAUUCAGAGACCAACAUCUCAACGAGCCGACCAAUACUUCCCUUAGACCAACACAAGAAGGACACACACAUCUUGGCACCACUUUACAUUUUUUUAAAUUACACAGAAACCAAUAACAGGCCUAUCUCGUUGGGGGACUGUCAUGUUCCUUGGGCUCACUUAGAAGCUUCAAACACACAUCUCGACGAGCCGACCAAUAUUUCCCUUGGAUCAACACAAGAAGGACACGCACAUCUUGGCACAGUACCUCAGCUUUCAAACAACAGUCACAACUUUGCCAAGUUCCUCCUUAUCUUUUUUUAAAAUUAUACAGAAACCAAGAACAGGCCAAUCUCGUUGGGGGACUUCCACGUUAACCGAGACUGAUCAACAAUGCUGGUCUUUGGUGCCAUGGCGCCUUCGCAUCUCAAAUGAAAGGAUGACAGCCGUGGAGCACGUCCAUGUUGAUUAUAGUGUGUCGCAGCUGAUUGACGGGGACAAAGGGGAGGAAGAGGACACGUCUUUGGCUGUACAUUAUCAUUUGGCAGAGGACGAGUGACAGGGACGGAUUCCUAUUAGCUUUCGUGCCCUGUUAUUAGUCAUUUGCAAUCAGGUUUCUCCGCAUCCUCGGAGGUCUCAACAACCGUAUAUGAGUGGUAACUUAUUACUUUUGGCCACUGAUAUGCUUGGAACAGCAAGAAUGAGAACAAAUGUGUAAUUUCCAGAAAGUCUCACAGCUGACAUCCUGACCUGCUGUUUUUUAAAAACACUUUACCAAACGCCCCUGUUUACCCAACAUUGUGCAAUGGUGUAGCAACGGUGUAACAACAUAUUGGGGAAGGACACAGGAAAUUGGGUCAACUUGCCAUGAAAAACAUGUAUUGUAGCACAUUUAGAGGGAUGCUCAUGUGCACAUGACUUUGGGUGUUGAGUCGUUGUGAUCUGGAGGGGAAGCCACAUCAAAAAGAAAAAGUCAUGUCGUACAUCUUUAACUAUGAGGAUCUGAACUUGACCAGCUACGAUAAUCUCACGCCCUACAUUGUGGAUCCAAAGACGUUGUCGUGUGAUCUACAACGGAUGCCGCCUGCUGCAGCUAAGAUCCUUUGCGUCCUCCUCAUAAUCAUCUUUUUACUGGCGAUACCAGGGAACCUGUUGGUGGGGUGGGUGGUCGGCACCAGCAAACAGGCCCUGACCCCAUCGGAUGUGUACUUGUUUCACCUGACAAUAUCCGACUUUCUGAUGGCCUUAACCAUCCCAUGCUCGGCUGUAAACCUGAUACAGGGAUGGGUCUUCGAAGACUUCCUGUGCAAGUUCCUCAGCCUCGUCUUCGAGGCGAACUUCUACACCAGCAUCCUCUUCCUCACCUGCAUCAGCGUCGACCGCUACCUGAUGAUCGUGCGCGCCAGCGUGAGUCACCGGAGCCGCCAGUGGAUGUGCAGCCGGUUUCUGUGUGCGACGGUGUGGGGCCUCGGUUUGGCCCUCGCUCUGCCCGCGCUCUUCAACGGCGUCUCUGAGCCGAGGGCCGCGGAGAGGAUCAUUUGCGGCGAGAUCUUCGACCUCGGCAGCGCCACCUCCUGGAGAACUGUUAUUCGCGGGUUCCGCCACAUUUUGGGCUUCUUCCUCCCGUUGGUCGUCAUGGUAAUCUGCUACAGCGUCACCAUCACGAGGCUGCUGCGCACCCGCGGUUUCCGCAAGCACCGGGCCAUGAAGGUGAUCAUCGCCGUGGUGACGGUGUUUCUGCUGUGCUGGACGCCGUACCACAUAACCAUAAUGGUGGACACGCUCCUGAGGGCCGACGUGAUCCAGCACGACUGUUCCGUGAGGACAUCCGUGAGCGGGGCUUUGACCGCAACCCACGGGCUGGCGCUGUUCCACAGCUGCAUCAACCCGGUCCUCUACGCGUUCGUGGGGGAGAAGUUCAGGAGCAAAAUGAUGCGGCUUGUUCGGAGGAGAGCCGGGCAGGAGAGAGCUUCGGGGUCGCGGUUCAGCAGGUCGACGUCUCAGACUUCAGAAGGCAACGGAGCUCUCCUCUGAGACUUAGAUAUCGCCUCACGUAUUUUUAAUCAUCGUCUCUUUUUGCUGGGUAAACUAAAUCAAAGUCAGUAGAUCCUUGUCAUGGUUCUAAUUCUGUACUUUUGAAUUGUGGUGAACUGCUGCCCUCUUUCGACUGUUCUGUUGUCUUCGUCCACUAUGAAACCCUUUGGAUUUCCAUUCUCUGCUUUGAUGGAGUCUCAGUUCAUUUUGCUGAUGAAUUUAACAGUAUUUUUAUUCUUGAUGUGCUUUUUAGUGCCUUUAAUCCAAGAAUCUCGGUCUGCAUUUAUUGAGUGUGAAAUAUAUUUCUGUCUUCAUUUAUACCUGCUACAAAGUUUGUAUACACUGUAAAUACUGCUACUUUCACUAUUUUUAAUUAAAGUGCAAAUGCUAUACACAUUUCAA